GUGAUCCGCGCAGGACCAACCGGGCGCCGAAGAUUGUGGGGCGCGAAGCGCGUGCUCGCGGGCAGUUGCUGCGGGCGGGAGAGGCGAGGGAAGGAAGAAGCGGGCUCCGAGCGCUGUGGACUCGUUCCCUGAGAGGCCUCUGCUUGACGCGGCGCCAUGUCCGAGGAGAAGCCCAAGGAAGGAGUGAAAACGGAGAAUGAUCAUAUCAAUUUAAAAGUAGCUGGUCAGGAUGGAUCGGUGGUCCAAUUUAAAAUAAAACGGCACACACCACUAAGUAAACUAAUGAAGGCAUAUUGUGAGAGACAGGGUUUGUCAAUGAGACAGAUUAGAUUCAGAUUUGAUGGACAACCAAUUAAUGAAACGGACACACCUGCACAGUUGGAGAUGGAAGAUGAAGAUACCAUUGAUGUGUUUCAACAGCAGACGGGUGGCAUGUGCUAAAUAUCCUGUCCUUUCUGGAAGAAGAAUGUAAAAUGUCACCUCACUUUAUCAUCUGUCCUUGGAUUUGCUAUUACAUAGUAAACAAAUGAACAUGCCAAUCAUACAGGAAUAUUCUGAUGUUCUGGAGACACUUAUCCAAAUUAUUUUCCUGUCCCUGAUAUACUGCGUGUGCAAGUCAAAGCUGGAAAAUAACUGCAUCAUAAAAAUGGGCCCACUUAAACAUUAAAUUUUCAAAUAAGUAAAUAAUGGCUGUUGUUUGCUGUCAUCUUGUUCCUGUAAAUCAGUGGUCUAAAUACCAACCUACUGUAAAGCAAGGAUAAUUAGUUUGGGCUUUUGUUGUUUUUGUUUUACUGUUUAAUUAUAGUAAUGUAAAUAUUGAAACUUUUUUCCCUUGCAGUAGCAAUUUUUUUUUCAGAAUAGUAGGUGGCUUGGGAAAAAAGGGGAGUUACAAUUAAACACUGUUAUUACUUUAAAUUUGUUAAUGCGGUAUGCAGAAAUGGCAGUACAUGCAGAUACAGUGCAGAAUAUAGUGGCAGUUUAAGGUAAUGCAAAUGUACAUGUGCUUUUCAUAAUGUUUUUUUAAGUAAUGGAAUGUUUUUGAGUUUGUCAGCUGCUGUAGCAUUUGCAUAUGUUAACUUUCACAACUGCUAUUAAAUAUCUGUGCCCAGGAUUAAGCACCAUUGUAUUUGAUACAGAUGUUUAAGGAAUAGAGCAGAAUCUUAGGGAGCUAUGCUGUGCAACUCUUGUUAAUUUUAAUGGAAAAUGUGUGAGAAAAAAACAUUAGCAGAUGGUUCCCAAUGAGAAUCACUGCUUCUCAUUAUUGAUUUAUUAGGCAAUAAAUAAAGCUGUAUACUUUAUUCCUUUUACAUGUUUUGAAAGCUGAACUUAGCAGCCUUAUGUAAUUAUCUGAUAUUUUCAAAUAUAUGUGCUGAUAUUCAAAGGGCCAUAUUUUGCAUGAGCACCAGAGUUCGCCUCCUUAUGUCUGUUAUAACUACUUACACAUUCUGAUACCCUCAGCCUUCACCCUAACCCCUCCAAGAUUUAGGGGAUUCCACAUGGUACUGUAAUGUUCGGGGAUUGCAGUCAUCCAAAAGGUGGAAUUCUGUGCAUUCACAAUGUGCAUAUGCAGUCUACUAUUCAUGCAUGGGGCUCUUUGGAUUUUAGCCGUUAAUUAGUUCUUUAACAUAUUCUGAGUAAAUUAGGACCUGUCUUUCAAAAAUAAUGAAUUUCCAUAUAUUUGUAGUCAAGUUAACUAUGAAGUCCAUGAAGCUCUAAAUAAUAAAAUAUGAUGUUUUAAGGAGACCUGCUGUGCUACUUCCCCAGAUAUUUUUUAAAAUUAAUUUUGUAAUGGUGUCAAACUUGUAAUAUUUCUGGAUAUAUCCAAAUGAAAUAAGAGUAAUUGGUUGAAUUUCAGUAGGGUGUUCAUGGUUGUUUGAGAAGGUCACUGCCUUUUAUAUUUACCCAUCUGUUAAGACCAUUGGAUUGAAAUAAAUCGUUCUGGGAAAAAAUCAUUCCCCCGCCCCAUUUUCCAUUUGAUUCUAUACGGGCUCGGGAGGGGAUAUACUUUUAAAUCUUAUUGUUUAUUCACCAGUUUGUACAAUACAUGUCCUUUACUACUGUAUACAGUAAAUAUAGUUUGGUACUCUGUC